AUGUUAUUCCUCUCUUGCAGACAGAUGAGGCUGCCAUUUCAAUUUCUGUACUCGUUCACUUGCGAAAACGACAAAGACAGGAGACUCUUCUGCUUUCUACCCGAGUCAAGGGUUGGAGAAAUUCUGCGAGAGCACUUCACACUGCCGAAACGAAGUCGGAAAGUUUCUCUUCAUAUCUCCUUGCUCUCCGCCUUGCUCUUCGUCUUGCUCUCCGCCUUGCUCUCCGUCUUGCUCUCCGCCUUGCUCUCCGUCUUGCUCUCCGCCUUGCUCUCCGUCUUGCUCUCCGCCUUGCUCUCUGCGUCUCUUGACACAUCUCUCUUGCAGUGUCUGCUCCGCAAGACUCGUUCUUGGUCUUGUCUCAACCCUUCACCAUUCCGUAGCCUCUCUAAUUGGGCAGCAGCAACGCUGCCCAAUCGUUAUCAUUUGCCCAUCUCAUGUGCCUCUCACACCUCGCAUGUUCUCUCCCCGCACUGCUCCGUUCUCACACCUUCCAUACAUCUCCCUUUACUUUCAACGACACAUUUCAUUGCAACCCCCCCGCCCUUCAAUUUAGCGGAUUCUUUACAAUGCCCAAUCCGCGCGUUUUCAAGACCUGUCCCAACCCUCGCUUGUGUCCUUAUAUAUUUUUUUCUUCAUUUUUUUUCCCUCGUUUAUCGCCGAUUCGGUCCUCCUCCGAUCGACAUUGUUUUUCUUUGCUACCAUUGCUGCAGUGACUACUAG